GCAACAUCUUUCCGGUUUCACGGACGCCAGACGACGGAGAUACGAACAUAGGUGCUUUGACAAUCCGCGGGGUUCUCUGGGAUGUCGAGCCCAAGUCCUACGAAAGGCCUGAUUUCUCCCCUGCUCAGCCCGCAGCCGUCCACUCCCCGAGGAUCGCUAGAAGGGGACCGCUCGAACGCGCCACCUAGCAAUACCAACGCCGUUAAUGGUCAUAGCUAUGGCGAGGACGAAGACUCUGACCCCGUACAAAGGCUACGGGAUGAGCUGGAGCGGACGAAGGAAGAGAAGGAAGCUCUGGCCGCUCAAUACAGGAACCUUCUGGGCAAGCUCACUACAAUGCGGACAACGCUGCAGAACAAACUGAAGCAAGACGCCGAAGAGCUCGAAAGGCGGGAGCAGCUCGUUCAGCAGUUAACGGCGGAGAACGAGGACUUGGUCUCCACGGUAGAGACCCUCAAGUCCGAACUCCUCACUUCCAAUGAGGAGGCCGAGAAGGCUUCCAGGGAGCUGGAGGCCAUGCGCAGUCGAGCGCUGCAGGAGACUGCCCAAGAGACCAUCGUCCGAGAGCGAGAGCUACGUGAACUACAGAGCGAGCUCGAGCGAUGUCGGAUAGAGAAGGAUGAAUGGGAGCACGCUGCCCUACAUGAGCGAACAUUCGCUGAUGAAGCUAGGGCUACCAUAGAGACUCUGCAGAGAGACCUGGAGAUUGAACGGGAGGCGCGUGAAAGGGAGGCAGCCCAACUUGAGUCGGAACGCGAGAAAGCCAACAAUCUACAGUCCGUACUCGAAGACUUCCAGACAGCGAAAGAACAUGAACUGAAGCAAGCUGUCAAGGAGCACGAAGACCAAUUCAAUCAGUUAACUCAGUCUUUGGCUGAAUAUAAGCACAGAGCAUUGACAGCGGAGCUACAACUGGAAGAAUCAACAUCCAACUCUUCUCGAAUACAAAAUCUCGAGAAAGAAGUGAAAGAGAAAGAGCUUCUCAUCCAGAAGUUACGCCAUGAAGCAAUUAUAAUGAAUGAACACCUAAUGGAGGCCUUAAGGCGUCUCCGACGUCAGUCAUCUGCGGACAAUGUCGAUCGGCGGCUCGUCACCAACGUCCUCCUCUCCUUCCUGGUUACGCCACGCGCAGACAGCAAACGGUUCGAAAUGCUGCAACUUCUAGCUUCAAUACUGCAGUGGAGUGACGCGGAACGUGAAAAGGCGGGUCUUCAGCGGACGGGACAGAAUGCGAAUACCGGUUCCUCGAUAUGGAGUCGUUCCGCAAGUUCGACAUCGUUAUCCGCAACGAAGUCACCAGAGUUGGAGAAGAGCGACGAGACAGAGUCAUUUUCCCGGUUAUGGGUGGAGUUCCUCCUCACUGAAGCCAAUGCCGGCCAAAACGACUCCGCGAUAUCUCCACCACCGGACUCGCAGAAGCGGGGGAACAAUUCUCUGCCCGGAUCGCCGACUCGUUUGCAUCAUCUCUCGCCUGGGUCGCCAUUGUCACCUCGUCGUCUCGCCUCUUUCUCAUCAGCAUCAGCCAUGGCGAGUUCGCCCAACCUGUCUUUGCCGCCUUCACGAAAAGGGAAAGAAAAGGAAGUCGUACUUUGA